AUGACUACACAUGUUGUUUCUCUGUUCCUACCCUAUACCGUCGACUUUCAAGACAACAAGUCUGCCCCUCCAAGUCCGCCCCAAGCAGCCGUACCUACCCAGCUGAGCGACACUCUUCGCAAGCCAUCCACCACCAACCUAUCGAGCACACGGCCCGCACCCGGCAAGAAUGAAGAGCAACCCCAAAGUCUCCUUAAGCGGGCGCCGCCCUCGCACAUUGCGCUGCCUAAAGCCUCGACACGUAUGACCGAGCACGAAGACUUCUUCACGCCUGGCCAGCCAAGCGCCGCCACUCACUUCCCUAACGCAGCCGAUCCUCGCGGCCUGGUUCGCAGCGAUGCUCAUGUCCCUGAAUGGGGUGGCAGCGGUAUCUUCUUCAACCAGCCCGUCUCCAGAGCCGAGCCCGCCCCACCAGACACAAUUCUCGAAUACGCAAAGGCGCAGGAGCGGGCGCAGGCCCAGAAGGAACGCAUGAAGGGCUCACACGCUGGUAAGCCAGUGACAGACCCAAGAUGGGCCGCUGAAUAUAGAGUUGUCCCUGCUGCCCAGGGCAACGGCGGCCUGACCAACGCUCUCCGUGCUGCAGUCGACAACAAGUGCCUUAGUGAUACCAUCACCGUUGGCCUGAUUGGCUUCCCUACAGACAGUCUGAACGAAGAGAAGAAGACUGAGAUCUACGAGAAGCUUGAGGAGGAACACGAUGCUCUGACUGUCUUUGUCAGUGACAAAGACUUUGACGGUCAUUACGCCCAUUACUGCAAGACGAUUCUUUGGCCAGUAUUUCACUACAUCAUUCCUGACCACCCCAAGAGCAAGGCUUUCCUUGACCACUCAUGGGUAUUCUAUGUCAAAGUCAACCAAGCUUUUGCAGACAAGGUUGUUAAAAACUACAAGCGCGGAGAUGUCAUAUGGGUGCAUGAUUACCACCUAUGUCUUGUUCCUCAGAUGAUUCGCCAAAAGCUACCAGAUGCACAGAUUGGAUUCUUCCUGCACACAGCUUUCCCGUCCUCUGAGGUUUUCCGAUGCCUUGCUGCUCGGAAGGAGCUUCUUGAUGGUAUGCUUGGAGCGAACCUCGUCGCCUUCCAGACACCCGAGUACGCCCACCACUUCCUGCAAACCUGUAGUCGUAUUCUAUCCGUAGAGGCUACGGAGGAUGGAGUUCAGCUUGAGAACCGCUUCGUCAACGUCGGGUCCUCGCCCAUCGGCAUUGACCCUCGCGCACUGUCUCUAGCUCGAGAAGAGCCUGAGGUCCUGGAGUGGAUUCAAACGAUGCAGAAGCGGUACGAGGGAAAGAAGGUCAUUGUUGCUCGCGAUAAGCUAGACAACAUUCGUGGUGUGCGCCAAAAGUUACUAGCUUUUGAGUUGUUCCUUAACAAAUAUCCUGAGUGGAAGGACAAGGUUGUCAUGAUCCAGGUCGCAACAUCCACUACCGAAGAUACCGAGUUGGCGGCAACCGUUUCUGAGAUUGUUACCCGUAUCGAUGCUGUCCACUCGACCUUGACUCACAAUCCCCUCAUCUUCCUCAGACAGGACAUUUCCUUCUCGCAGUACCUUGCUCUGCUAUCCAUUGCCGAUGCGCUUGCCAUUACCAGUCUUCGUGAGGGCAUGAACUUGACCUGCCAUGAGUUUGUCAUUUGUCAGGAUGGACGCGGAGGCGAAAAGAAGCACAGCCCCGUCAUUCUCAGCGAGUUCACUGGUAGUGCGUCUAUUUUUGAUGGGGCAGACCUCGCUAUCAAUCCAUGGGACUACAACAACAUUGCCGAAGCCUUCCGGAUCGCCCUGGAAAUGAAGGACGAUGAGAAGGAGCGAAGGUUCACCAAGAUGCGCAACAUCGUCAUGAACCAGACUGGUGAUAACUGGGUUAAGAAACUGAGCACUCACCUCGCCAAGGUCUAUGAGGAGCAAUUCAAGCGCGAUACUAUGUCGAUCCCCCGACUCUCUUCGAGCAGCCUUGGCAGUGCCUACCAGCAGUCACAGCGACGCUUGUUCAUUCUAGACUAUGAAGGUACUCUUUCAUCGUACGGGUCUGUCAAUAAGACUAUUCUUGUUAAUACCGAGCGUGUUAUCGUUCUUCUUAACGAUCUCGUUGCCGACGACAAGAACGCCGUUUAUGUUAUGACUGGCCGAACUGUUCGAGAAACCGAGCUCAUCUUCAACCGUGUCCGUGGUCUUGGUCUCAUUGCAGAGAAUGGCUGCUUCUUACGCGAGCCUGGCGCGAAAGAGUGGAUCCAAUUCCCUGACGAGGAGAAGACAGUGAGGUGGAAGGAUUCAGUCAAGCCGAUUUUGCAAUACUACCUUGAGCGUGUCGAAGGCAGUUGGGUUGAGGAGCGCCACUGCUCGAUCAUCUUCCACUACAACAAGUCUGACGACAAAGACGACUCUACAAGUCGACACGCUGGCGAUUGUGCAAAUCACAUCAACGACGCUUGCGAGCAGCAGCGUGUCAAGGCAAUCCCCACAAAAGACUCAGUCGUCAUUGAGCCAGUAGACUUUGACAAGGCUUCAGCUGCGCAGCACAUCUUCAGCAAGUACCCAGAGGAUACCCGACCUGACUUCCUCCUCGCUGCUGGCAACGACCGUAGUGACGAAAACGUCUUCCGCUGGGCGAAGCAACUCAAGGACGAUGGUGUUGUUCCCAAUGUACAGACCGUCACAGUUGGUGAUCGCAACUCAAUUGCCAUGUCGACGCUCCCCAACGGGGCAACUGGCCUACUUAGUGCUCUGACGAAGCUUACCAAGAACCCUCGCGGUUCACCUUAG